AUGUCGAAAAACGCAUAUGCUCGUCGCGAAGUAUGCAAUCGGCGUAUGCAAGAAAUACACGACCUCUCCCUACAAGCCGCGACCGACGCGGCAACACGAGCGACCUUCCUCGCUCGCUACUCGAGCGUAGCGAAGAUCGCGGACGAUUUUGAGGCCACCCACCUGAAGGUCAUCCAAGAAGCGGCGGAUUUCGAGGUCGAGGACGAAAUCCGAGCCAGUUUCGAUAAAAUGCAUUACGCCGUAAAAAGUCGAUAUCACCGUGAAACGGGCGCGCCAUUCAGAAGCGCGCCGGCACAGCCCUCGGGUCAGACCUCGGUGGUCAAGUUGCCUAAGAUCCCGCUACCGCAGUUUUCCGGCGACCUUACGUUGUGGCCUUCCUUCAUCGCGUUGUUCAACGCGUCGAUACACAACCAGCAGAUUUCCGCGAUAGAGAAAUACCAGUAUCUGCUGGCUUCACUCAAAGGGGAACCACUCAACGUGGUGAAAAGCCUGCCGUUUUCCGAUGAGUACUAUCUGAUCGCUUACGACUCGCUGGUCGAUCGAUACCGGAAUAAGAGAAGGUUAGCGGACCAUCACUUGAAUUCGAUAAUCGAGGCAAAGCCAUUGAAGGCGGAGACGGCCGAGGCUCUUCACCACUUAUUAGAUACGUUUACCGAGAACACGCGCGCGCUCGCAUUGAUGAAGUUCCCUACCGAUUCAUGGGACUUUAUCCUACUGAAGUUUUUGUUAGACAAGCUUCCUCGUUCCCUUCGGGAAAAAUUCGAGUCGGCUCACCUGGCUGAGGAGAUACCGCGAUAUACACAACUCACGAAAUUUCUAGCGGAGCAUUGUCAGGUUCUCGAGGCCGUCGCGGGCCCGUCCUCCAAAACCAAGUCCACACCGGUCUCUUCGUUCGUGACUAACGCGGCCGGUUGCCCCGUUUGUAAGGAGUCUCACUACGUGUCGAAGUGCUCCCAGUUUUUAAAACUCUCGCCGAGGGAGAGGCAGGCUAAGGCUCGCGACUUGAGAUUGUGCCUCAACUGCCUGCGCUCGGGGCAUGGCAUGAAAGACUGUCCGUCCGCGUGGGCAUGUCGGUCCUGCGGCACGAAGCAUCAUACGCUUCUGCAUUACGAGCAGAGCUCUAAUACUACUCCUAAGCCCGAACCCAUUAGCGCGACUCCCGCCGAACCGGACGCCGUACCCGCUCCUCAGUCGGAGGAUGCGCCGAUUGUAACAAUGACUAGCCGGGCCAAUAGAAUCGUCCUCCUGUCCACCGUACGAGCCGAGGCAAUAGACGCGCGUGGCAAUGCGUUCCCCGUACGCAUAUUGCUGAACAGCGCGAGUCAGGCCAACUUUAUUACCGAGGGCUGCCUCCGGAAGGGCGGCUUUCGUCGCACCAAACACAGUGCAACCGUGUUGGCGAUAAAUGAAGCCAGGGCGGCCACGACGAGGGGCCUCACCUCCCUCGUGAUCCGCGCGCGCGGUCGCGACGACACUCGGUUCUCGAUAGAGGCUACGGUCCUCUCGCGCAUAACCUCGCCGCUGCCUAAUGACAAGGUGGAGGUCCAGCCGUGGAAACACUUGAAGGGAUUGCCGCUCGCGGAUCCCGAAUAUUUCGUGCCCGGCGGUGUUGACAUCCUCCUGGGGGCGGACUCGUUUGUGUCGGUGCUACGGGAGGGCCGUCGUAAGGGGGAAAGGGGAGAACCCGACGCCUUCAAUUCAGUCUUCGGAUGGGUCCUGACGGGCGCGGUAUCCCCGUCAGUCCAAGCAACACCCCUGCUAUCAUUCGCGACUACGCUCGAGUCGAUCGAGACAUCAGUGGGUCGCUUUUGGCAAUUGGAGGAGGUGCCGGAGGACGCUUCUUGUUCGGACGAGGAUUGA